GGCAGGCGCGGGCUCAACAGUUGAGCAAAGUCGCUCUCCGGAGCCCGGCGGCGGCGGGGCUCCCGGCGGCCGGAGAAAGGCACUUGGGAGCGGAGGAGCUGGAGACACGGAGCCGAGGGGCCGCUCUCGGCCCGGGGGGGGCGAGCUCCAAGGUUGCUCCCGGCUGGGGGGGCUCCAGGCAGCCCGGCGGGGGGCUCCCGAGAUCGCUUCUCCCCGGGCACAGCCGGGGACCCAGGACAAGGGCAGCCCGGGGGGGGUUCCAGCUACUUCCCCGCUGUGCACGGCGCUGUCCCUGCCGGAGGAGCCGGAGCCGCUGCCCCGGGGGGGGGGGGCUCCCCCCUUCGCUCAUGGCUCCUGUGCCCUGCGGGCUGAGCCCCUGGCCGAGCCUGCGAGCCGCCCGUCCCCCGCGGCGGGGGCUGUGGGCUGACUGAGGGCGACCCCCCCUCCAGAGCAGGGGGCCGCCGGAGGAUGCGCUGACCGGGAGGCACACGCCGGCCCCGGGCAGCGGGGCGAUGAGCGCCGGGCUGGACCGCAUGUCUGUGAACUCCUCCUGCUCCGGCUCCCCGGCGGCGGCGGCGGGGUCCCCCUCGGGGGCCGGCCCCCGGCUGCUCUCGGCCAACGUGCGGAAGCUGCACCGUUCCCUGAACCUGCUGCUGAGCGAGCCCGAGCGGGAGCGGUUCAUCCACUGCCUGAACGUCUACCACGGCCGCCGCAACGUCUUCGACCUGGUGCAGACCCUGCAGGUGCUGCUGGACAGCCCGGACAAGCGGCAGCUGCUGCCCAUGCUGCGCCUGGUCAUCCCCCGCUCCGACCAGCUGCUCUUCGACCAGUACACCUCGGAGGGGCUCUACCUGCAGCCCGGCCUCCUGCCCGGCUGCAGCGCCCCGCCGCCCGCGGCUCGCCUCUGGCCCCCGCCCGCCCCCGGGCCGGAGGUCAGCACCGCCGCCCGCGGGACAGCUCCCGCCGCCGAGGAGCUGCGCGGGGAGCUGCGGCAGGUGAGCCUGAAGCGGAGCAAGACCCACGAAGGACUGGGCUUCAGCAUCCGCGGGGGCGCCGAGCACGGGGUGGGCAUCUACGUCUCCCUGGUGGAGCCGGGCUCCCUGGCGGAGAAAGAAGGGCUCCGGGUCGGGGACCAGAUCCUGCGGGUCAAUGACAAGGCGUUGGACAGGGUGACCCACGCCGAAGCUGUCAAGUGUGGACUUCUCUCAAGCUGCAGGCCAGAGUCAGAAGGUCUGUGUACUGCAGUGUGGACAGCACGGCUGGGUGAGACCCGGGUCCAGCGACUGGAAGCCCAGGUUUACAACGCAGUGUGGAUGCUCGGGCAGAGAUGGAAACAUGAGGCUCUGAAAGGCUCCAAGAAACUGAACCUGUCGGUGCAUUCGGUUGGGCGGAUCCCUGGGGGCUAUGUCACCAAUCACAUUUACACCUGGGUGGAUCCCCAGGGGCGGAGCACGUCCCCACCCACGGGCCUGCCCCAGCACCAGAGCAGCUCCCUGCGGAAGGACGGCGAGAAGAGGAGUCACCUGCAGCUUCUGCAAGAGGGGGAUGAGAAAAAGGUGAACCUGGUGCUGAACGAAGGCAAGUCCUUGGGCCUCAUGAUUCGAGGCGGAGCAGAAUAUGCGCUGGGCAUUUACAUCACCGGGGUGGAUAAGGGCUCGGAGGCGGAAAGCACCGGCCUGAAGGUGGGAGAUCAGAUCCUGGAGGUGAACGGCAGAAGCUUCCUCAGCAUUCCCCACGACGAGGCGGUGAAGUUGCUGAAGUCGUCGCGACACCUCAUCAUGACUGUGAAGGACAUCGGAAGGCUGCCGCACGCCCGUACCACGGUGGAUGAGACCCGAUGGAUAGCGAGCUCCCAGAUCGGAGAGACCCCGGUGAACGCAGCAGGGGCAGCUGGUGAUCACACAGCAGAGGCAACGGGAAAGCCCGUCUUUCACAGGGGCCUGGCCGGCUCCCAGGUGACGCUGAGCAGCCUGGUGAACCAGUCCCGCGUCAUGCUAGAGGAGCAAGCUCGCCACCUUCUGAACGAACAGGAGCGGGCGACCAUGGCCUACUACCUGGACGAAUACAAGGAGACCAACAUCUCCAUUGACGCCCUCGUGAUGGCUCUCUUCGAGCUACUCAACACACACGCCAAGUUCUCGCUGCUCUCUGAGGUGAGGGGCGUGGUAGCCCCCCAGGACCUCGAUCGCUUCAAUAACCUGGUUCUGAAGCGGGAGAUCGAGUCCAUGAAGGCCCGACAGCCCUCGGUGCCCAGUGCGGACUCCUACUCCAUGACGUCCUACAGCGACACCGGCUCCUCCACUAGCAGCCACUUCACCUCCACCACGGUCAGCUCGGCUCGGGAGCGGCUCUUGUGGCUAAUAGACCUGAUGGAGAACACCGCAGACCUGGAGGGAAGCGGAGAGGGACUCCAGAGCAGUAUUAAUGCCCUGCCGGACAUCUCCCUGGACGAUGUUUCGUCUUUCCCCGAGGAACCGCCCAGCUUUAAGCCCCCACCUCCUUCUCCGGCUCAAGUGCUGGACUCCUCCACUGCCCAGCUCCGAAAGACAGCGAAAGACACACCCCAGCGCCCCUCCUCUGAAUCCUCCCAGUCAGGCCUCUUCUUCGUGGCCCCUCCCAGCCCCACCCCGCCUCCCAGCCACCCCGACAAGGACACAGCCAGCGUGACUUCCACCUCGGCCUCUGCGUCCACUGCGGAUUCUGCCUCGAGCACCGUCUACGCCGUCAUUUCCCCUGCCGCUCUCAGCUCCAGGAGGCACCUGGGUGCCCACUUGUCCUUGGUCAACCAGCACCCGAUCGGCCCCUUCCCCAGAGUUCAGUCUCCAACCAGACUGAAGAGCCCAUCUCCUGAGAGCACCCCUGCCAGUGGCCUCCCAACACCCACUCCUCGGUCCCCUCCCCAUCCCCCGUCGCACCUGGAGCCAGACAAAGGCAGCCCGCAGUCAGCGAUCAACCAGCACUUUAUCAUGGUGGAGGUGCAUCAGCCCAACAGCGAGCCGGACGUGAACGAAGUGAGAUCCUUGCCCCAAGCCCGAGCCUCCACGCUCUCCCAGCUGUCGGACAGCGGGCAGACCCUCAGCGAGGACAGCGGGGUGGAUAUCGGCGAGGUGGAGCUGAGCGGCAGGGACAAGAACCGGCAGCAGAUCCCUGGGAAAAGCCGAAACCCCAAGGAGGCACCGAGAAGCGAUGGGCCAGCAGAGGCAGCCUCCAGACCGCCUGGCCUUCUGGAGCCCACAUCCUGUCUGAUUCGAGUGGCGAAGAGCGCGCCGACCCUGGGGAUCGCCAUCGAGGGCGGCGCCAACACCCGGCAGCCUCUGCCCCGGAUAGUCACCAUACAGCGAGGAGGAUCUGCCCACAACUGCGGGAAGCUGAAGGUGGGGCACGUGAUCCUGGAGGUGAACGGCACGACGCUGCGGGGAAAGGAGCACCGGGAAGCCGCGCGUGUCAUCGCCGAGGCCUUUAAGACAAAAGAGAAGGAUCACAUCGAUUUCCUGGUCACUGAGUUCAACGUCGCACUUUAGGGGGCUCGGCGGCCCCCGAGCCAAACAGACAGAAGAGCGAGGGAGCUGGAUCGGACGGGGGUUAACACGUGCACCCACACGCCCCAGCACAGAAGCCACCCUCCAUGGCAGAGCUGGCCCUGUCCCCUGCCCAGCGUGUGCCCGCUCUCACACACACACACACACACACGUUCCAGGCACAGAAUGUGGGCAGCCAGCGGGGCUCUGCUUCUGGGGCUGACAGCAGCGGUGCGGGUGAUGGGCCCCGGGCUGAGAAGGACUGCGGGAGAGUGUGGGGCCAAAGGGAGGGACGGGCGAGGAAGCAACGGAGGGUGUGGGAGAGAGGAGAAUCCUGACUCCAGCUGAUCCCCGCAUCUCCUGCCUGGGCACUGCCCUGCCUCUGUCUCUCUUCAGUGGUUCAGAUUCAUUUCCCAGUUUAAGCCAUAUUCCAGAUGGUCUUUGCCUGCACCGUCUCCUCGAUGUGGGGGUAGGGAAGCCAGCCACAUCCUUGAGAGCUCACCCCCACCCUGCCCCUUCCCCCACCACCCCACCACCGUCUCUCUCCGCUCUGUUAUUCCUCCUUCCUCUGCACAGAGAAUCCCUCCAUGCCUGCGAGAUGGGAUGGGGUCAAGGAGCACGGGCCAUAGGUGCAGGGUGCCCUGCCGUGCAGUAAUGUUAGUGCAACACGUGCUGUGUGGGGAACUCCACGGCUGCUAAUGGCAUCAGUGAAGUGGGAGUGGGGGAACAGGGGAGAGAUUUCUGGUGAUCACUGGUUUAAUGUGUUCUCUUGGGGGCUUGUCCGCUGUGGGCUGGGUGGCAGGCAUGUGGCACCGGCCACCAUCAAGGCUCCAUGCCCCAUGUCCCAGCGUUUACAGCCAGUAAUGGAUGCCUUGUAAAUUGCCAGCAGUGUCAGUGUAUUUAUAUAUACAGAGCUUGUGCUUUUAAUUUUUCAAUAAA